UCGGCAAUAGUCAAUGACCAACGUAGGGUAAACCAUACAGUUAUUGGCAGGGGUAUAGUUAUCGGCAUACCAAACUUAUUUUAUUGAUAAAUAGUGCUGUGUUGGGUUUUAAAAAGAUUUUUUAUUUUUAAACAAUUAGUCACACUGUUAUAUUUAUAUUUGCACCAAAAGUAAUCAUUAUCUUGUGACUGAUAAGAUAUAACAUUUUGUUCAAGAAGCGACGCUGAUCAGCACGUCAAAAAAGACAAAAUGCCAAAAAAAACGAGCAAUUUUGACAACAUUGAUGCAGCUAUAAAGGCUAUUCAGGAUGAUGGCAUUUCACAAAAAUCAGCUGCCAAAAAAUUUGGUGUUGCUCGUUCUACCCUACAGUUCAGAUUAAAAAACCCAGAUACACAAAACAUUUCAUGUGGACCUUCAACAGUCUUAACUACCAAUGAAGAAGAGACACUAGUAAAAUGGUUACUCGAAUGCUCAAAGAAAGGAUUUCCUAGGAGGCGUGAAGACUUACAAGACAGUGUCAAAAAAUUUUUAGAUGAACAAGAGAGGCCAAGUCCAUUUAAAAAUAACUUACCUGGGAUUGGUUGGUAUAAAGCUUUUUUAAGAAGACAUCCAAUAUUAUCAAUAAGGACUAGCGAACAUGUUACCAAUGCAAGUGCCAAUGUAAGUGAACAUGAUAUCAAAAAAUGGUUCAAUGAUAUUCAUAGUUAUCUGACAGAGGAAAAUUUAGUUGACAUUUUGAAUGACGGCCGUAGAGUAUUCAAUGGGGAUGAAACCGGGUUUUCACUUUGUCCCAAAACUAAAUGUGUAUUGGGUCCAAAAGGGUCCAAAGACAUUUAUGAAGUAGCAAAAGGAAACGAUAAAGAAAAUAUCACUGUAAUGUUUUCAUUUAAUGCUGUUGGAGAGAUGUGUCACCCUAUGGUAAUAUUUAAAUAUAAAAGAGUUCCACAAAAUAUCUUGGAUUCAAUUCCUCCCAAUUGGGGAGUUGGCCGGUCCGACACAGGAUGGAUGAAGUCUGAAAUAUUUGAUGAGUAUAUAUCAAACAUCUUUUAUCCAUUUGUUGUUGAAAGUGGUAUUCAAUUGCCUGUAAUCCUUUUUGUUGAUGGGCAUAAAAGUCAUUUAACCUAUCAUUUAAGUAAAUUAUGUUUGCAAUUAAACAUAAUAUUAAUUGCUUUAUAUCCUAAUGCAACGAGAAUUUUGCAGCCAGCACAUGUUGCAGCAAUUAGACCAAUUAAAGCUGGCUGGAAAAAAGGUGUUUUUGAUUGGCACAAUGAACAUCCAGGUAACGCAGUAACUAAGAAUGAUUUUUCUCCAAUUUUGGAUAAAGUUUUGAAAAAUACAGUAAGAUCUGAAGUUUCAAUAAACGGUUUUAGAGCUUGUGGACUUUUCCCUUGGAACGUAAACAAUAUUGACUUUAAAAAGUUUUUGGGAAAAAAUCCAAAUACUGAAAUAACUGCAGUAGUUAAUAAUGAAACUGAUACUGGUAUGCUAGAUUACAAGCAAUUUUUAGAUAUUGUUGGCACCGAAACAAUUGACAAAUUUAAGGAUAUAAAAAAUGUAAUUACAAAUGAGAGUUUACCUGAAGAGUUUUUUGUUUUGUAUAGAUUACAUGAAAAGUUAAAAAAUAACGAGGGCACUAUACAUCAAGUUAGUAAUGAUGCUGAGCAAUUAUUUUCUGAUAAUAGCAUGCCACCAUCUAAUGAAAUCAUUAGUACUACUUCCGACCAGAUUCAACCACAAGAAAAAUCUAAGAGUGACCCUACGCCAAUCAAUAAUUUAGAACUUAGAAAAAUCUGAUGAUGAUCUGAUGAUGUUCUAUACAUUUGUUUUAAGUGCCAAACAAAUUUUAAUAAAUGAUCUCUAAAUUUUAAGACUGAUUUCUUAAUUUUAAGACUGAUUUCUAAUUAAAAUUACCAAGGAUAGGAACCUUUUAAGUUUUUAAAUUGUAAAUAAAGUUUUUAAAUUGUUAUUAAAGUUUUUUAAGUAUAACUUUGUAUUGUAUCACUAAAGCAAUACAAAUUUAAAUUUUAGUCUUGAUGUUUUAUUUUUAUUUUGCGAAGUAGGCUUAUUUCAUGUGUAUUGGGUACUAAUAUUUUUUUAUUUGUAGUACCUGUUGUUAAUUUUUUUUAAAAAAGUGUUUAUUCCUAUUUAUAAUAAUUUUAAUA